CCUCUCCUCUCUCUGCGGCUCACAACCAAGCACGCGGACCCUGGCGCGGCGGCGGCGGGCGGAAACUUCACCUUGCCUAGUCAGAAAGCCGACACCGUCCUUACAGUGCGAGUACGGGCGGGCACACACAACCGCGGGACGAGGAUGAAAUAGAAAGGUUUUUAUGAACAGGUGUCAGUCGGGGAACAGUCACCUUUCGUCCUGCUGUGUACGGCUCACUCGUGCGCUUCCCGUGACAUGACAACACUCCGCACGCGCCUGGUUCCGUCGCAUUCACUCGCUGUCCACGAGCGGCCACGAUGGUUAAAUGUCCCUUUUAAUGGUCGAGAGGUGUGGAGCCGUCGCAUUUAAAAGGUCGGAGCAGAAUGCCAUACAAGUUCGCAUGCUGGUCUCUAUUCCUCUGUCCUACAUCCCGACUUGCUACUAUCUGUUCUCCUCUUCCUCACCCAUGGCUACCUGACAGUGUGAGGAUGCCAGUUCUGGAGGGGCUUUGGGGCCAAGAUCUCAGGAUGCGGGACUCUGGUCUUGGUGUUGGGGUCGAAGUUGGGGUCUGUCCAGAUGAGGCCCCCCGCUCGCCAGUCUGGGGGCCUCUCAGGAUGCCUCCGGUGACCUGCGGGGGCCUGUCGCUGGCCCUGGAACUUCCAGCUCUCAUACGACAGCUCAGGGCAGCCUGGAGGGCUCGCAGGGGCGGCCCCCUGGGGCCUGAGAGAAGUCGGGCAAGCCCUUGGGUAGAAGAAGAGAAGGAUGAGGUAGAGGAGGUGAAGCAUGACAUAGAGGACAGGAGCGCUCAUCUGGAAGCUGAUGGCAGACUGAACACUGGUCAUGCUGGUGUGUUGCUGGUUGAGAGACGAGGCUCCUACCCACUGAUUGACCUGCGCAUCCUCAAAACCAGUGCCCAGCAGGGGGAAGUAGAGUCCGGCACCAGGAGAAAGAUUAAGCGUCUGCUGAGCUUUCAGAGAUACUGCCACGCGUCCAGGCUGCUCAGGGGGUUGGUGCCCCACACCCCCGGGUCACUACACCUACUAGACGACGACUACCUGGGACAAGCUGCGCACAUGCUAUCAAAAGUAGGCACAUGGAACUUUGACAUUUUCCUCUUCGAUCGUCUUACAAAUGGUAACAGUCUGGUGACUCUGAUGUGCCAUCUCUUCAAUGUGUACGGUCUCAUUCAGCACUUCCAGCUGGAUAUGGUCAAGCUGCACAGGUUUCUCGGCAUGGUGCAAGAGGACUACCACUCCCAGAAUCCUUAUCACAAUGCUGUUCACGCUGCCGAUGUCACUCAAGCCAUGUACUGCUACCUGAAGGAGCCCAAGCUGGCGGAGCAGCUGAGUCCUCUGGACGUGUUCCUGGGUCUGAUGGCUGCAGCCGCCCACGACGUGGACCACCCCGGGGUCAACCAGCCCUUUCUCAUCAAGACCAGACACCACCUGGCAUCCCUCUACCAGAACACGUCCGUGCUGGAGAGUCACCACUGGAGAUCCACUGUGGGCAUGUUACGAGAGUCAGGACUGCUAUCCCAUCUGCCUGCUGACAUGUCGCAGGACAUGGAACAGCAGCUGGGCUCUCUCAUUCUGGCUACAGACAUCAGCAGGCAGAAUGAGUUCCUGUUGACCUUCAGAGAACAUCUGGACAACCAGGACCUGGACCUUCAACUGGCUUCACACAGGCACUUUAUACUGCAGAUUGCUCUGAAGUGUGCGGACGUCUGUAAUCCGUGUCGGGUUUGGGAGCUGAGCAGACAGUGGAGUGAGAGGGUGUGUGAAGAAUUCUACAGGCAGGGUGACCUGGAGAGAAAGUUUGACUUGGAGAUCAGUCCUCUGUGUAACCAGCAGGCGGACUCUGUCCCAGCCAUUCAGAUAGGGUUCAUCUCUUACAUCGUGGAACCUCUGUUUGAGGAGUGGCACCGCUUCACCGAGCCCAGCCUGCUCAGCCAGACCAUGAUGGGUCACCUGCACAAGAACAAGGCCCGCUGGAGCCGCCUACGAUAUGCACACACACCUUCAGACACGCAAACACACUCCCAUGCAGAGGAGCCUGAGCCUGAAGGAGGCGGAGGAGAGGGGGAAGACAUCCCUUAAUCCUUCUCGUGUUUCCUGAGGCAUUUCAUCUUCCUUUGCGAACGGAGGAGAGGAGUGUGUAUCCACCUCCUUGUUUGUCCUCCUGCAUAUUUUCUCCCACUGCAGGUUGUUCACAGGCCCCGAAAGUGGGAGCCCUAAAUGGGAGAUGGCUUGGAUUCAUGUGAAAUGGCUCCCUCUGCUGGAGUGAAGGACUGAAGCCCUGAAGGGACAAAAACAAAGAAGAUUCAUAGUGGGGCUGAUGGAUGGAUGGAUCUUAGUAAAUAUAUGCCAAUUUGACAAAAAAGUCAUGCCUUUCUCUCUAACCCUGUGAUAUCUGCUUCAAAGUAUCUGAGAAAAGCAGGAACAGAAUUAAAAGGUUAUGGCUGAUGGCAGAAGAGGGAUCGAUGAAGACAAAUAUUAAUCUGUUUGCACAAUGCUGCUGGAACAAUAAAGAAAUGAAAAAGCCAAAAUGAUAUACAAGUCAGCAGGGCGGUGCUGGAAAAGAUUACAUAAAAUAUAUGAAAUAAAAGAGAAAUAUAUGAAUAUAUCCACUAUAUUAUGCUUUUUAAACUUUUAGACAAUACAUACUGUAUUAAGCUCUUUACACUUUUUUCUCUUUUUGUAUAGCUUGCACUUCUAUUGGAUGCUCUUUCAUACAAGUGUCUCACUUGUCUACUUUUCACUGAAGUGCGUUUUUAACUCAAGCACUAAGGUGGUAUGUCAAGGUACUAUAACUGUACAUCGUAUUCUGUUUUAAUUGUGUAACCUGUAAGACUGACUAAACUGACACAUACAUCAAUGACUGAUGCAAAGUGGCUUCAUAUGGAUGUUUUUAGACUGAUUUAGCCAUUUUUAAAAAAAGUGUUUGUGUUCAUGUAAUGUUAUAAACAGUAUAAUCUGUACAUACUGUGACCUCAGCACUUCACAUGCCAAAAUCUCAGCAAUGUAUCAACCUUUCUACUGGGUAUGGAUAUCGGGAAAUAUAACGUGUACACUGGUGUUACCUUUGUAACAACUUAGUGGGUGAAUUUAUUUGUCCCGUAACCUCACUUUACAAGCUCAUAUACAACAAAGCCUUAACAGCAACUUGGUCCGUCCAACACAUUUUAUAAUGGUGUUUUUUCUGGACAAGCUUUCUUACACCUACAGUUUCUGCCUGUUUCUCUUCAGCCAUACCAGCAACACAGUCAUUGUACUGUAGCAGCUUAUUUCCUGUUUCAUCUUUCCCCCACUGUCAGGGUCAGAUUGGGUCUUAAUGCCCUUUCAGCAUUGCCAAGGUGCCAAUGUACUGUUUUGACACAUUAACUCACUGCUCUGUUACCUCUAUAAGGCGUUUAUUACUUUCUUUGUUGCACUUGCUGCAGCUACUGUGUGCACUGUCUUAUGUCAUGAACAGACUUGGGCCAAUUAGUAAUUGCAAAUAUCUCUAAUACUAAUAUCAAAGAACCUAUAUCCUGCAGUGAAUAUCAUGGCAAUUAAGAUGUCUGUUACAAAAAACGUUCAUUAUUAAAAAUAGAAUUCAUCGUCUUAAAUGUUACUUUUAUAUCUGCAACUGAGUAAAACAUAUAGAGCUGAUAAAACCUAAAACUAAGUAUAUAAAGUAUUUGUAAAUACUACUUGGUCCAAGUGUAAGAAGUACUGAUAAAAAAAAAUAAUAUUUUUUUUACCACUCUGCUCUAAAUAUGUAUAGAAAAAGUUGUCACAUUUAAGAUUCGCGUCUGGUAUGGUCGAGGCUGUGUACACGGUGCUAACAGAGGCCCAGGCCCCACGUCUUCCCUGACAUGUAGAGGAAUAACCUUAGCUUUAUGAUUCUAACAACCCAGCCAACACUGUACACGCAGUAUAUCCUCCAUACAUCACAGCUCAAUACAUAUAUAUAUAUAUAAAAUUAAUUUCUUUGACAGUUUAAAAAAAAAAAAUAUAUAUAUAACCCUUUUCUAUGGGGUGCCUCUAUAAUAUUUAUCUAUAUUUCUGGUAAUUAAUAAGAAAAUUGUUCAUAUGUAGCCCUCCAUUGGCUUUGCUGAAACUCACACUAAACUCUGUAAGUCUGCUGCUGUAGUGUAGACCGAGUCGAAACAGGAGGCCUCAGGCUGCCUUUAAAUACCUCUCAGAAUCAGCACUGAAACAGGGUCACUGAGCCAUACUGGUUUCACUAUUAAGUACAAACAUGUCCUGGAUGUGUUUAAUAAAAAUGUGUAUGCCAGAGUGAUUAUUAUUCUAGACUCACAAUAAUUAUCAUUGUAUUAAAACUGUGAUGGUAAAAAAGAAACUGGUACAGUAGUUUCCACCAUAAGAUUAGACACAAAGAACGGACAAAAUUCAUGCAUGUUCAAGAGUAGCCACUGUGUUGAAGCAAGUCACUGAGACUGAUGGACCAUUUGAUAAACUGAACGUGCCGCUGUGGAAAACAAAUCUCACCACAAGGUCCAUCUAGCAGUGGCUCUGGAGCUUUCCCUCAUAAUCCCAGUUGUCAUGGAGUUGUAGAUGUUCACCUUUCCAAUUUCUCCAAAUACUUUAAGCACUUUGUUGGCUUAAAGGUUUGUUCUAAACCAGCAGUUGGUUUGUUUUCUUCAUCAGCAGGUGGAAUUUGCCAUCUGUGUAGGUGUUUAGAUUUCCGUACAGAUAAGUUACUAAUAGCAGCAGAGAGCUAUAGUACAUGCCAGCUACCAUAAGGACUAUUGUCGAAAAGUAAUCUUCUGCUUAGUAAUUUGAAUGAAACCCUUCAAAUAAAGCCUAUGCUAUCUAAAAUGAAUACUGAGAUUAGUAACCCUAACUAACAGUGCACCUGAGUUAUUAAAGUUGUUUGCACUAUGUUCAUCAGUCAAUCCAAACAAGUCACACUGAAUCUGAAUCUCUGUAUUUUGGUGUUUGUGUGGGUCAUCUGACAUCUUGACUGUAUAUUUCUGUUCUGACAACCAACCUCUGAGCACUGUGAACAAUAAAAUAAAUAGCUAAAUUUUCAA